CAGAGGGUGGCUCCCACUAGUGCUACAGCAAGGUGGCAGUACUGGUACUCACUCUUGCCAGGCGCAGCUAAUCACGGCACCACUACAAACCCUAGCUUCAAAUUCCGGCUCGACGGAAGGUAGCGUGGUGACAGGGGGGAUCGACUCAUGACGGUGAGAGCUGCAUGCGAGUACUGGCUUUGUGCUUGCAUUCUGCAAAUACUGUUUGUACAUGCACACUGCACUGCAGUCUCGGGGAGCUUCGCCGUGCCCAGUCAGUCGAAGAGGGACGAGCUGCUAUCAAGAUCAUCGAUACAGUGUAAUGAAGCGUCUGGGCUCGAAUAUCCCCGAGACAAUGCCAACAGCGGUAUCUUGGGGAGCCAAUCGAAGUCUUCGCUACCAAGAACCCAGCUACCACCGCCAAACCCGCACUUCAUCCGAGUGACAGAUAUGGAGUGGCCCUCUUCCUAGGACUAGCAGUCUCCAUAAAC